UGGCCGUGCCCUGAGCACCAGCCCCGACGCCGGCUCCGGAGGAGGCGGGCGCCGCGGCAGCGCCAUGGGUGACCCCGGCGGGCUGCUGGGCCCCCCCGAGACGCUGACGCUGCUGGGGGAGGCCGUGGGGCUGCUGCCGGCGCUGGCCCCGCCCCCGGCGCUGGCCCCGCCCCCGUUCCUAGUCCCGCCCCUGGAGCUGGCCCCGCCCCCGGUGCUAGCCACGCCCCCGGCGCUGGCCCCGCCCCUCGGCCCCGCCCCCGGCGCCGCCGAGGUGGAGCUCACGUGGCAGGAGAUCCUCUCCCUCAGCGAGCUGCAGGGCCUGGACGUGGCGGCCGAGCCGCUCUACGAGCCGCCCUUCUGCGCCCCGCCGCCGCCACCACCGCCGCCACCGCCACCGCCACCCCCCACCUACGCCCCCCCCCCACCCCAACCCCCCCCCCACCCAGCACCCACGGGUGCCCUGCCGCUGCCCCUGGCGGCGGAGCAGCUGGCGGCGCUGCCGGCCGAGGCCUUCGCGGCGCUGGCGGGUCGCUACGCGCUGUCGGCUCCGCAGCUGGCGCUGGCCCGGGACCUGCGCCGGCGCGGCCGCAACAAGGUGGCCGCCCGCAACUGCCGCCGCCGCAAGCUGGAGGCCAUCGCCCGGCUGCAGGGCGAGCUGGGCCGCCUGGGCCGCGAGCGGCAGCGGCUGCUGCGCGACCGGGGCCUGGCGCAGCGGGCGCUGGGCGUCCUCCGCCGCGCCCUGGCCCGCCUGGCCCGCCGGGUGCUGGGCGGCCUGCGCGACGCCGCCGGGCGCCCGCUGCCCCCCGAGCGCUUCGGCCUGCGCCUGGCGCCCGACGGAGCCGUCUGCCUGGUGCACCGCGACGCCGGCGCCGAGGCCGCCGAGUGA